CGCGCUGGAGAUGCCGUGCGUAAGGUGUGAUGCAGCAGAUUAAUUCGCUGGAGAAAUACAUGUUGACUCACUUUCCCCUUCAGGUCGACGCGGGAGUUUUCACCACAUCAGCUGGAAAAAUAACCCACUAAGAAGCGCAUGCCGUAACCUGACAGCUGUGAAGAUGCGCGCACAGACGCACUGAGAGACUACUGCGGUAAAAGCAGCUGCUCAUGCUCCGAGCUCCUCCUCUGACGGAAACUUUAAUUCAUUUGAAUAAGGUUAUGGACUGUGCGAUGUAGCGUGUAACUGACACGAGGAAUAGUCUCACGAGAGCUCGUCAAAGCUGCAAGCAUCCAUCCAGAAGCGACGUGCCUUCGAGCAGAGGGAGGAAAACGCAGCCUCCAUUGCCUCCAUCCGCAUACACAGACGGUGCAGAGAGGAAGCAGCGGAUCGGUUCCUCUGGAAACCCGGGCGACACCUCGCUUUGGAUUCUGUUAUGCUCGACUGUGAAACUGACAGUCGGCCAGCGAAGAAACCCGGAGUUCUCUCUUUCACAUGGGCGAAGACGAGGAGCAGUCCUGCGCCUCUUCACGCCGCAGAGGACACGAAGAAAACGGAGAGAACGGAGCGUCUCUGGACCCGGACAGACAGAGGACGUACACGGAGCUGUUCGAGCAGCUGGACCUGAAUAAAGAUGGCAGGGUGGACAUCAGCGAGCUGAGAGCCGGGCUGGCAGCGCGUGGUUUGCACCGAGGAGAGGCUGAGGAGAUCGUCCUCGAGAGCGACAUCAACCAUGACGGUUUGCUAGACUUCCAGGAGUUCUCACAGUACUUGCGUGCUCACGAGAAAAGGUUAUGGCUAAUGUUCCACAGUUUGGACCGCAACAAUGAUGGGCGAAUCGACGUGGGAGAGAUCCAGCACUCACUACGCAAGCUUGGAGUGGAUGUUACAAUGGAGCAGGCCUCCAGAGUACUGCAGAGCAUGGACAAAGAUGGCACUAUGACCAUCGACUGGAAUGAAUGGCGCGAUCACUUCCUCUUCAACCCUCUCCACAACAUGGAGGAAAUUGUUCACCACUGGAAACACUCCCAUAUGUUUGACAUUGGGGAACAUCUGACAGUACCAGAUGAGUUCUCAGAGCGGGAGCGGCGAUCAGGCCUGGUGUGGAGGCAGCUGGUUGCUGGAGCCAUGGCGGGGGCGGUCUCCCGGACAGGAACCGCUCCUCUGGACCGCCUCAAAGUCUUUCUGCAGGUACACGGCUCUUCUUCUCGGGGGAUUAACCUGUGGUCCGGACUUAGGAAUAUGGUCCAGGAAGGAGGCGUCUUUUCACUCUGGAGGGGCAAUGGUAUCAAUGUCCUAAAGAUUGCCCCUGAAUCUGCCAUUAAGUUUAUGGCCUAUGAACAGAUCAAGUGGCUGAUCCGGGGCAGUAAAGAGGGUGGCAGUUUAAGGGUACAAGAGAGGUUCAUUGCUGGUUCUCUGGCUGGAGCAACUGCCCAGACCAUCAUCUACCCCAUGGAGGUGCUGAAAACUCGUCUUACAUUAAGGAAGACGGGGCAAUACUCAGGUAUGGCUGACUGCGCUAAACAGAUCCUGAAGACGGAGGGCGUCCGAGCUUUUUACCGAGGCUACCUACCAAAUACACUGGGCAUCAUUCCUUAUGCUGGCAUCGACUUGGCUGUGUAUGAGACCCUGAAGAACGCCUGGCUCCAGAGGUACUGUGUAGAUUCUGCAGACCCAGGUGUUCUGGUCCUGCUUGGCUGUGGUACUGUGUCCAGCACCUGUGGCCAGCUGGCAUCUUAUCCCCUCGCUCUCAUACGGACACGCAUGCAAGCACAAGCCAUCACUGAGGGUAAACCCAAGCUGACCAUGGUGGGCCAGUUCAAAUAUAUCAUAUCUCAUGAAGGUGUACCGGGCCUUUACCGAGGCAUCACCCCCAACUUUCUUAAAGUCAUUCCUGCUGUCAGCAUCUCGUAUGUGGUCUAUGAGCACAUGAAGAAGGUCCUCGGAGUGGGAUACUAGACUGAGACAACUAAGACGGACAAAAACAACCAGUGAAAGCAAACGAACAUUGUGCUUGAAGGAAGAAGCAGAAGAGAGGUGAGGAUAAAGCUCCUCAGACCUCUGAAGAAACAAAACAGAGAGGAAUAUUUUCUAUUUGUAGUGUAAUUAAUCUAAAGCACACAGGCAAACAUGAACUUUGAUGUUGCUGAUAAUACCUGAUAACGUUUGAUAGAGGGUCACAUAAUGUUGAGAGAUACCAGGGUUAAAAUUCAUCCGACAACUUUAAGAACAAGAAAGCCCAGCGUAAAGUAUGGAAAACACAAGACUAUGGCAUGCCGUUUCAAAAUUUAAUAGCUGAGUCUGACUAUCUUGAAUUAAAACCUCUGAAUUUAAGAUAGUUUUUUAAAUUAAGUAAUUUUGUCUAUUUAAAACCACACAGAUAUAGCUGUAAUUCAGCUUGGAGUUGUCAGAAUAAUAGUGGCAGAUAUCUCAAAUGUCAUUAUGACUAGUCUGAAUUGUUCUGCAUGAUGCUCCUCAUGUGAGACUUCCAAUUUAAUAUUGGUCCAGCAACACAGUUUAAUAUCAAUGUAUUUUUUGGUCCUAAAAUGCUUACAAUCAUCAGUUAAAUUGAAUUUAGUAGAAGCAGCAAGGAGAACUCCUAGUCUCUUGGACCAGCUGUUGGCAAUUGCUGUCUCAAUGAAUUAUAUUUAGACAGCAAUCCAACUUUUUUUUCCAGCUUAUUUCUAUGGCUGCUCACGUAACCAUGACUACCACAGAAAAUACACCAAGUACAAAUACAGGAGCAAAAUUUUCUGGUUGAUGUUCCCUGUAUUAUGCAACCCUGCACCAGCAGUGGACACACAAUGAUGAGUUAAAACAUAAUAACCACCUGCUUAUUAUACAGUUGGUUCUUCUCAUGCAGCCAAAAAGGCAUGGAUUCCAGGUGUCAAGAUGUUAGCAGCAGAUCCUACAAGUCCAGGAAGUUGUGAGUUGGAGCUCUCACGACUGACGCACCCUACACAUUAGCACUGGUCCUCCACCCUAGUAAUAUAGCCGUAACGAUUUAGCCCAUCUCUCACAUCCAACAAGAUGACUCCCUUACCAUCCAGUUCAGCCCAGACCUUGAGAUGCACUGUUGUUGUGAGAUAAACGGUGUUAUUCUCCUCAACUCAACAGUCUCUUCAGCUCUUCAGCAGUUUGUAAAAGAGAUGGGGCUCCUGAGCUACAGAAACCAAAUCUCAAACAGUACGAAGACAUUGCUCUAAAUUGCUUUAUAAGCAGCCCUAAACGUCCAAGUCCUCUUUGUCGAAUAUGUUCUGGUGAGAUGAAAUAUUUCCAGUAGAAGGCCUCAGGUAUUUUGCAUAAUGCGAUCUCCUUGUUUCCUGUGGUCAUUGCAGUUGAGCAUGAUAUAAUAGUCCUCUAACAAUAUUAUACAUUUUCAGGUCAACAGGAGUGAAGCCAGUGGCACUAAACCAGCAACUGAUGGAAAUGCUGCUUAAUGUCAGAGUCCCUGUACAUAUACAGUGUGACAUUGCAUUCAUGUUAGUACCCCAAAACAAGCGCAUCUAAGGCAUCUACUCAAUGGACUUUUCUAGACAAUCUUUUAAUGUGCUACAGAAAUAUUGCACUGUUUGUUUGAGAGUCCAGCUCGUUGCUGCCUCUAUCUAACCUGCAGUGUAUACCAUGAUUUUAAAAAGCACUGAGAAGUGAAAUUAGCCCAAGAGGUGUUAGGUGCUUGGACAGGAAGACAUCGGAGUUGAGGGUUGAAGAGGCACUCCUUGAUGAAUAAAAUGUUCUGUCCAAAUAGUUAAAAGGCUCUGGAUGCUCAUGAUAUGAGGUGAAAGUAGUCUCUAUGAAGUGGCUUUCCAGUGUAGAAACUUAGACUAGGUAUGAGGUGAUUGACCUGGUGCAGGAACAAUUUCAGCUGUGUUAUUUCAGUUGCACCUAAUGAGGAUUAAAUGGUGUGUAGCCAAUGGAUGGAUGGAUCGAUUUCAGUUGUAGUGUAGGAUCCAGCAACUUUGAACGCAACAUUAACUCUGAACAAUGAUGAUACAAUGAGAAAUAGCAGUUAACAGAUGCUCAGUUCUAUGAGCACAUGACUAAUGGAGGUCUGUUUUGUUAGUCAAUAUGGUAAAGUUACAUUGAAGAUGGUGGUGUUAGAAAACAGAGUGCUGCUACUUUAUGAGGACAUGGAGAAGGCAGAAUAAAUGGCACUUGUUGUUCUCUCUGAGUUUAACAAAUGAGUGUUUGUAUUUUCCAAGGGUAACCAAUCAGCUUCAAGACCUGAACAGCAGUUUUUCAGGGCCACUCUGUAGUGGUUAUUUUUCUCUCUCCUAGAAACAACCCUGAAAAAGAUUCUACAGGGAUGGGUCUCAUGCUCAGAGCAUGCUCUGGAGCUCAUAGAAAAUGGAUCAUAGUGACUGGAAAGGUGCACCUAAUUAAAAAUAUUGUGUGUGGACUGCCUGCCCAUUGCUGUAAUCCAUCAAUGUUUAGCUCCAUCUGCUGACAGAAAGUAACUAUUACUUUUCUGUUAAUGAAAACAGAAAAAAAACUAAUAAGGGGCUGUCCAAGAAAUUCAAAGAGGUAAUUGGGGUCAGUAUAGAAUUUUGAAAAUAUUUUGAAAAUAUUAGUCUGUCCAUGCUUUCUCCUGUUACGACCUUGUCACAUACAAUCCGUAUGUACAAAAAAAGAAGAAGAAGAUGGAACAACUUGUAAGAUUGACUUCUGAAAUAAAAUAAAUGCAUGGAACAGAAAUAUUAAGAAUGCUUAGAGCAACUAAAAGCCACUGAAAACAUAAAUAACGAGCGUGGUACUUCAGGAUCAGUACCGUCAGAGCUUAAAAAAAACAGGAGUAAAGAUGUGGCUGCUGUGAUUGGCUAUCACCAAUGUUUGCCACCAUGGAAUGAGAAGCCUGCUUUUUCUGUGAGCAUUACUGUAUAAUAUUUUCUAUACUUUCUUCCCAGGACACUGGAAAUUAGCCUAAACAGCUUCACCGCAAGGGUCUGAAUAUGAGGGAGGAAUUAACUGCAAUUUCAGGAGACUGAAAAUGAUGGAUAUCUGUGCAUGAUUGUUCUUUUUUUAAAAUCAUAUUUAGGUUUAUCUUAAAUUUAAGCAGCACAAAAAUGUUCUAUAGUAGUUCAUUAUUACAACAGCUGCAUGUAAAGUAUGAGGACAGUGGUGUUACACUACGACUGAAUGUCAAAACUUGCAUUGUAGGCAUAGACAUGCUGUAUAUUAUCUAUAGUAUUUUGCUUAUGAAUGCCUAUAUCUCUAUUCAGUUUUCUCCCUUGCAAGCGUACUUGAAAUAAUGAAUGCUUGUUGCCACUGGGGCCUUGCAAGGAUGAUGACAUAUAAUAUUUUUAAAGCAUGAGUGCAUGUUUUGAAGCAUUUUGUGAACCAGCUAGCGCCACUGCGUGAGGACUGCUUUGUCUUUUCUUUUACAAGCUUUUUUACUCAAAAAUGACAGAACUGCUGCAGUGUAAGUUUGAUAACGAACAUAAAGAGCUUUCUAGUUUUGAUAAAUCAUCUGUGUCAUUUGAAUGUGUAUAGGAACUUUACAUGACAUUAAAUCUGUGACACUGUACUCUGAAGAGGGCUUUGUUGUGACAUGAAAAUGGCGUGUCAACAGCACAUAACUGUUUCACCUUUGUAAAGAGGCAACAAGGUGGAUUUUCACAUCUUUAAAGUCGCCAACAAGCAAAUAGUAAUUUACAUAUUCAGAGGAGCAACAUUGGCAAAUAUUUAAAGCAGUGUUUGUGUCUGCCUGAUGAUUACCAGUCAUGCUUUAGCCUCCUCCAACUCCUUAAGGGGUUGCUCAUUCUAUUUUAACUGUGAACAUCCGCUGAGCUCAUGGACUGGAUAUAAAAUAUGAAAAAUGUUGUGAAGCCUUGAAUCUGGAAUUUUACCUUCACCAUCUUGGUCUUUUGAAGUGCACUAUACCCGCUUUAUUGUUACUUGUCCUCUAAAUGAGACCCUUAUUGACUAAAUAGAUCAUACUUUAUUAAAGGAGACUUGAAAGAGA